UGCUCCGUCCUCACGACGCCCCCCAAGAACGAGAAGCGAAUGCUUUUGAUCUUCUUGUUUCCUUUGCAUGACGAGUCUAGCUGCCACCCGUAAACAUGGGUCAAGAUCAGAAGUACUACGAUGUCGACGAUUACUUAAGAUGGAAGAGGAGCCAAGGCAAAAACAACAAGAUCGCGCCUCGACCGAACUUGCUGGCAGCCACAAACUGGUUGCGCAAGUUCUUCGAUGCGCGCAAAACAAACUGGGCCGCCAUGGGCAGCCUAGCCAUGCUCUGCCUUGGGGCGCGACGAGAGAUACCCGACAUUCACGUUGUCUACGACGAUAAAGACUUCCAGCGCAUAAGGAUGAAACUAGAAACCGACCCUAGGGUGCGGCUGCCUAAAGACAUGAACUCCAUGUUCUCUUCGAAGCUACUGAUAUCGACCGGCCCGAAACACAAUGACGCUGGUUGUACCGAAAAUGCGGAUAUUGAAGUAGAGAUGAUUCCGCCAGGAUCUCACGGCACGCCACCCAGCGAUAUCCUACGCAACAACCAAGCCAUGCUAUCUCUCAACCUGAAUGGUAAGAUUACCAAUAUCAAGGGCUUGAACAUCUUAUACCUGGUCAAUACAACCGUCCACAUUUGCACCAGUUCAGACCUGCUUUGGGACCCCAAAAAGGAUCUGGUGUGGUUGUGCCGGAAAUAUGGCAAAGAAAUUCAGUCGAUACGAGCGCAAUUGAAUGCCCGGCAAGUCAAAGAGAACUUCCUGGGCACUGCGUUUUUUUCGGCAUUGUCUGCGGAGGAACAACGACUAUGUUACCACGUUCUGCUAGGGAAGGAGCCUCCGCCGUCGAUGUUCCUCACUCCGGC